AUGAAGCUUCCAAGUACAGCACCAACGCCAUGGAGACGAGCGAUGCUGCGCCCAUCAGCAGGCACUCGGGGCCGUUUUCCUUUCCGGAGGCAACCUCCCACGAUUCAGCCUAGCAGCGGACACGAGAAGCAAAAGCGACCAGUCAACCGGGCUGUUUUUGCUCCCGAUGAAGAUGCGCGAAGCUCUGUACCAUGUGGCACACCAUGUCAGGACAAACCGGUUUCGCUAAUCAGGCCCGACUCGCUCGCUGCUAGCAAUGAUACGUCGCCCCCGAUGCCUGUCCCAUAUCCCAAAAUAGCUAUUCUACGCCAGACAAAAGACCCGUGGCGUUCAAUCGUCGCCCCCACUCUGCACCGGUCUCUCCAGUGCCUCCGCUCAUCUCCACCAUCCAGCAAACAGUCCACCCACAUCUGCAAUAGCGCCGGCUCUUUCGCCAUGAUGCUGUUUCUCACAGGCCAUCUGACACCCUCUCUGACCGUCGCCUGA